AACACAAUUCUGAAUGCGGCCAUCAAUUCCAUUCCAUUCCAUGUCGCCUCUGACUCCGCUUCUCCAAUUCGUGCCGACAAUUUUACCAAUCUUCCAACUUCCCCAAUCUCAAAACAUCAGCAGAAACUUUCAUCAUAACUCGGGCUUCUGAAAUCCCAGAAGAAAUCGACGAUGAGAAUCCGAUUGCUGACCACAACACCUCCUGGUAAUCCUUCUUUCCUUUCUCUCCUCAGAAUUUUCACAACCCAAUUCUGUUCUUGCGCUUCUAUGAAUAUUAUCGGUGAAAAUUCUGUUGCCCAUUUGGAGAAAUUGAUCCAAACAAAAUGUAAAUCCAGAAACCUAACAAUAGAAGAAGCUUUGGGUUACUUCGAUUCCAUGGUUCAAAUGCGACCCAUGCCCUCUAUUUGGACUUUCAAUCAAUUGCUUGGCUCACUCUCCAACAUGAAACAUUAUUCCAUUGUUGUCUCUAUGUAUAGAGAGAUAAUGGGUUGUGAUUAUUUUAGUCUUGAAGUCGGCACGUUGAAUAUUGUCAUCAAAUGUCUGUGUCGUAUGAAGAAGGUUAAACUUGGUUUCUCUGUUUUAGCAACUAUGCUUAAAAGUGGUCUUCAGUACAAUGCUCAUACAAUGAAUACUCUGCUCCACGGGCUUUGCCACGAAGGCUCAAUGGUCGCAGCGAUGUUGUUUUUUGGCGAAAUAGUUGAGGAGGAAAACUUGUGUAAUGAAUUUACUUACACGACCGUCAUUAAUGGGUUUUGUAAGGCUGGAGAAACUUCGAAGGCGCUUGAGCUACUUAAGCAAAUGCAAGAAGAUCGGAGGAUUAGACCCGUCGUAGACUGUUUCAUACCAAUCAUUGACAGCCUUUGUAAAGAAAGGCGAGUGGACGAGGCCCUCGGCAUGUUUGAAGAUAUGAUCAACUAUGGUGUUAGGCCAAAUGUUGUUUGUUAUACUUGUUUAAUUCACGGAUUAAGCAAAUCGGGUCGUUGGAAAGAAGUCGAGAGAUUUUUAAUCAAGAUGAUUGAUUGCCGAAUCUUACCUGAUGCAUUUAUGUAUACCUUAUUAAUUGACUCUCUUUUCAAGGAAGAAAAAGCUCAAGAAGCAGUUAGAUUGUUCGAGUUGAUGACUAGUAAAGGUGUAGAGCCUAAUGUUGUGACAUUCACUUCUUUGAUUUCUAAUUUGUGCAAGUGUGGUCAAUGGAAAGAAGUGACACGAUUCUUAGAAAGCAUGGCGGGUUACGGAAUCUCUCCCGAUAUUGUCACAUUGAACGCUCUGUUGGAUGCUCGCUGCAAGGAAGGAAGCAUUGCAGAGGUGCUUCAUCUUGUAGAAGAAAUAACUGAUAAAGGUGUAUUGCCUGAUGUGAUUACCUGCAACUCUUUACUUAUUGGAUUGUGCCGUUUUGAUAAAUUGGAAGAAGCUAAGAAAUUGUUUGAUGGAAUUCCAAGUCGGAAAACUUUUCCUAAUAUUAGAACUCUGAAUAUAAUUUUGAAUGCUCUGAUUAAUGAAGGUAUGAUGGAGAAAGCUGAAAAAUUAUUUGAGGUAACGAUUGAACAUGGCAAAGAGCUUAAUACAAUCACUUACAACACAUUGAUUAAGGGCUACUGUUUGCAAGGUGAAAUGGACAAAGCCAAAGACGUGUUCGAUCAUAUGGCAGUAAAGGGUGCUCUUCCUAACACCAUAUCCUAUAACACCUUGGUUCACGGUUACUUAAAGGUCAAAAGAGUUUAUGUCGCUCUCAAGCUUCUCAAGGACAUGAUCCAGAAAGGACUAGUGCCUGAUCAUGUGACACGGAAGAUUUUGAAAAGCAUUCAUGCUCUUAAGCUUGAAGCAUCUGUACAGUGGUGAGGUUAAGAUUUGAUCAUUUACAUUUUUAUAUACUACUUAGGACAUGUUAGAUCAAGUUCGUUUUUGUAA